UUCAACCCUAAUAAUUUGGUCUUCCGUCGACCAAUAUCGGGGUAAUUUGCUUUAUAAAAAAGGCUAGCUGCCACAGUGAGUUUUGCACCACCCGACUCCAUUCUAAUUAAACAGGAAAGUAGCUGUCAUGAGAAUUCGAGGAAUGGCCUUACAGUUCACAAUAAUAGGAGUGCUGUUGUUAGCAGCAGUGACAGCAGAAACAGAGUUUCCUAUAGCGAAGCCCCGAUGCCAAGAUAGAUGUGGGAAUGUUACUAUCCCAUAUCCAUUUGGCACCAGAAAAGAUUGCUACUACGACCCUCAGUUCCUCAUAACUUGCAACCAUUCUUUCAACCAUCCAAAAGCGUUUAUAGGAAAUACUAACUUAAGUGUCACAGAAAUAACCCUUGAUGGGAAGCUUCGCCUCAUGCACUAUAUAGCUAAGGAUUGCUAUAAUCGGGCAGGUGCACGAAGAACGAGAAACAGACCCAGGAUAAACCUACCCUCCCAAGGUCCAUACGUUUUUUCUGACACUGACAAUAGGUUCGUCGCUAUCGGCUGUGAUACUGUAGCUUCAAUGCUAGGUAGGCGAGAAGACAAGAAUGAUACAUACCUGGUAGGAUGCAUUUCCAGAUGUAGCAACAAAAAAUAUGUGCCAAACACAUGCUCCGGAAUUGGUUGCUGCCAAACCUCCAUUGCCAAAGGAAUUAAGUACUUCGAGGCUAGCUUGUCUAGCUUCUAUAAUCAUACGGGAAUCUGGGAAUUCAAUCCUUGCAGCUUUGCCUUCAUUAUUGAAGAAAAGCAGUUCAGCUUUUUUCCAAGUAACCUGUCGGAUUUGAAGGAAGUAAGUAAGGUUCCUCUUGUAGUGGAUUGGAGUAUUGGGCGCAAUAACUGCGAAACCUUGGAAAAGAACAAGAUGUCUAAUGCAUGUCAAGGACAGAGCAAAUGUCAUGACCCUGAAAAUGGGUCUGGGUACUUUUGCAAAUGCUUAGAUGGCUAUCAAGGAAAUCCAUACCUCCCAAAUGGUUGCCGAAACAUUAAUGAAUGUUCAGAUCCAGAAGUAGCCCACAAUUGCAGCCACAAAUGCAUCGACACCGAAGGGGAUUAUACAUGUUCUUGCCCCAAGGGGUACCAUGGAGAUGGGAGAAUAGAUGGAGAACGCUGCAUCCGCAAUCGAUCAUCAGUGAUUCAGGUCGCUGUCGGAAUUGGAGCGGGACUGACAUCUUUGUUGAUGGGAAUUACUUGGCUCUACUGGGGAUACAGUAAAUGGAAGCUAAUGAAGCUCAAAGAGAAGUUCUUUAGGCAAAAUGGUGGUCUAAUGCUGGAGCAGCAGCUAUCAAGAAGGGAAGCACCCGUUACAGAAACGGCAAAAAUCUUUUCAGCUGCAGAACUCGAGAAAGCCACUGACAAGUACCAUGAAAGUAGAAUUCUUGGCCGUGGAGGUUUUGGUACAGUUUACAAGGGAACUUUAACAGAUGGAAGAACUGUUGCAAUCAAGAAGUCCAAAACAAUCGAUCAUAGCCAAAUCGAGCAGUUUAUCAAUGAGGUGGUUGUUCUUUACCAAAUCAAUCACAGGAAUGUGGUGAAGCUUCUAGGAUGUUGCUUGGAGACGGAAGUCCCAUUACUAGUUUAUGAAUAUGUUGCAAAUGGCACCCUCUAUGACCACAUUCACGACAAGAGUAAAGUGUCGGCCUUCACCUGGGAAAUCCGUUUAAAGAUAGCUUCUGAAACUGCAGGUGUUCUAUCAUAUUUGCAUUCCGCAGCUUCUGUGCCAAUCAUUCAUAGGGAUGUCAAGUCUACAAACAUACUCCUGGACAACAGUUACACGGUAAAAGUGUCAGAUUUUGGCACUUCUAGGUUAAUUCCGUUGGAUCAAGAUGAAUUGUCAACAAUGGUGCAAGGUACUCUAGGAUACUUAGACCCUGAGUACUUUCACACAAGCCAGCUGACGGACAAAAGUGAUGUCUACAGUUUUGGAGUGGUUCUUGUGGAACUACUAACUGGGAUGAAGGCAAUUUCCUUCGAUAGGCCUGAGGGGGAGAGGAAUUUAUCAGCGUAUUUUCUUUGUGCACUGAAAGAAGAUCGCCUGGUCCAUAUUCUUCAGGAUUGCAUGGUGAACCAGGAUAAUAUUAGGCAGCUUAAGGAAGUUGCCAACAUUGCAAAGAAGUGCUUAAGAGUAAAAGGAGAGGAAAGACCUAACAUGAAGAAGGUAGCAAUGGAAUUAGAGGGGCUAAGAACAUCUGCAAAACAUCCUUGGACUAAUGACGAAUCAUAUGUAGAAGAGACAGAGUACUUGCUUGGUGAAUCAGCGGAAACUGUUCGUUCUGAGGAAAUGGCUGGUACAAGUGCUGGAUAUCACAGUUUAUAUUUAAUGCAAUCACAAGGAGAUGGCAGAUGAACAUUUUAUUCUAGUGUCACAGCUUGCUUGAUAGUUUCCUUUGAAUAAUAGCUUUCGCCAUGGUAAUGCUUUUCUUUUCUAUAAUUCAGUCCAGUUCUGUUUUUGUUAUAGUGGUCCUGUAAUUUUAAAAGACGAAGAAUUUCUGACAGUAUGUCCAGUAUUCAACCCGCAUUAAAACUCUUUAUCCUAUCUCCAUUUUGCAAUGUAAUAUUCCCGGUGAUCUCCUUCUGAAAGCAAAAAAAUUGCUGGGCACACAUUCUGGUGUAUACCAUUUUACCA